CCCGCCCCCGCAGGCGCCCCCGCCGGGUUUGGGGGGUCCCGAUGGAGUUCGGGGUGCUCGGGGGGCCGGAGGUGCCGCCCCCGUUCCCGGAGGAGUCCGGAGCCCUCCUGGGGCUGGGGGCGCCCGAGGGGCCCGAGGCGGGGGCGCUGCUGGGGGGGUACCCCCCGACAGGCCGGCUGUCGCUGCUGCCCUGGCCUGAGGGGGGGUCGCUGGGGGGGUCCCUGGGGGGGUCCCUGGGGGGGUCCCUGGGGGGGUCCCUGGGGGGUCCCUCCUGGCCCCCUCCCCCCCCGGAGCCCCCCCGGUUCCUGGAGCUGCUGCAGCCCCCCCGCAGCCCCCCCCCCGCCGGACCCCCCCCGCUGCCCGCCGGAGCCGCCUGCGAGGCGCGCGAGUGUGUGAACUGUGGGGCGACGGCGACGCCGCUGUGGCGCCGGGACGGCACCGGGCACUACCUGUGCAACGCCUGCGGGCUGUACCACCGCCUCAACGGCCACAACCGGCCCCUCAUCCGCCCCAAGAAGCGCCUGCUGGUGAGCAAACGCGCCGGCACCGUCUGCAGCAACUGCCAGACCAGCACCACCACGCUGUGGAGGCGCAGCCCCCGCGGAGACCCCGUCUGCAACGCCUGCGGGCUGUACUACAAACUGCACCGGGUGAACCGCCCGCUGACGAUGCGCAAGGACGGGAUCCAGACCCGCAACCGCAAGGUCUCGGCCAAGGGCAAGAAGCGGCGCCAAGGGGGGGGCGCCGGCCCUGGGGGGGUCCCCGAAACCUCGGCGGGGCCCCCCCUGCCCCCCCCCGCGCCCCCCCAGCCCCCCCCCGAGGACCCGGCCGCGCUCUUCGCCCUCGGGCCGCUCGUCCUGUCCGGGCACCUGCUGCCCUUCCCCCCCACCCCCGCCGGGCCUUUCCUGGGGGGCGACUUCGCGGCGCCCCCCGGGCUGAGCCCGCAGCUCUGAGGGGCCCAGAACAGCCCGGAACCG